AUGAGGAAGAAGGUAUACGAUCCCAUUCACGACGUUUUCCAGAAUCAAGCAGAAAGCGAUGAGGAUUCAAAGGCAGCGAUGAAUGAUCAAGCAUCUGCAUCCGGAAGAGCCGAAAUCGCAGAGGAUGACGAUGAUAUGAAUACUGAGAGCGAGGAAGAUCACGGCAGUCCGAUAAAGGGCUUUCCAGUACCUUCUGUUACUACCAGUCGGAAAAAGAUGAAAGAAUCAAGCAAAUAUAACAGACAUUUGAAGAAACCAGACGGGGAAUUCUUCUCUCGGAAAGAUUUACAAUUUCAUUUCUUGAGAAGAUUAUUGCUUGAUGAUCGUCCUCUCUUUACCAAUAUCUUCAAAGAGAUUUAUGCAAAAUCUAUGGCACCGCUGGCGUCUGUCGGACGCAACGCUGCAAGGGUGAGCGAUAAAGCUUACGAUGCGAGAGCAUUUGUCUUUAAUGAUAAACUGACGUUCUCACAGCAUUACAUCCUCACCUUGGCAUCUUCAACCAAAUGUUCUAAGGUGUUGAGAGAUAAACUGUUGCUGGAUCAUCAAGUUGCGUUCUCUACCUGCAUACUGGCGUUGCUGGUGAAUAUAGGCAGACUGAAUACGACGAUAAACUUUUACUUGGAGAUGACAUCUCAGUUGCGAACUUUCCAUUCUGUACCCUGUUUGCAGUACAAAGUGGCUGAUCUGAAAUCUUUACAGGACACUCCAAGACUAAAAUCUAUUUUGAAAAAUCUCCCCAUUGGGAACGAGCAAAUUGAUCUAUCUGAGUUUUAUGAGACGCCAAGCGGCGGCAGCCAUAGAUUGAACCUUGUGAAUCUGCUUUUCACUCUGUGUGAUAGCGUGAGUCUGGUCAACUUAAAGUUGCUCUCCAAGUACGUUUGCGCCAACGGCAAGACCGUCUCAUUGUUCAACAUACUCGAUUCCCCAGGCUAUGAGCCAGAAGAUCGGUGCAAUGUCUUGCUGUGGCUUCUGUACAUCCACACGGAGACGGACCUAACGGACGAUGCAAUACAACGAUCGAUCAAGAUCUUCACUCAAGACGACAAGCUUCCACUGAGGCCCACAGAUGAGGACUAUGAUAAGGAUUCUCAGGACGAAAUCGACUUUGGCAUGCAGCAGAAAGCGAAGAGAAAGGAGUUCCUUAAGCGGAUCAAGCACCACGACGCAGAGGACAGGGAAACUCAGGAACAAGAAGAAGAAGCGAAGGAAGAAGAAAACGAGCAGGAGGAAGACACCCUAAAGGAGGAACUAGACGAAACAUUACAGGAAACGGACUCUUUGGAGGAGGAAAUUCCAGUGCCUGCCACUCCACAGCGCAAGAGGCGAGAUGUGACAAAGGAUAAGAAGGAGCUCAAGAGAAGAAAGAUCGAGCAUGCAAUUUCUGCAACGGUUAAGAGCGAACCACAGAACAACGAAGCAGAUAGAAUUGAGUAUCUCAUCGAGACGGAUAAGAACAAGAUUGUUGGGAAGCUCGGACGGAGCGAUCGCAAAACAGGCGAACAGUUCAUUCGAGAUCUGCUAGAAUCGCAAGGACCCGUCCGGUGGAAACGACGCGAUCUUGGACUUCUGAAGAUCUUCAACGAAUACGAAGACAUCCCGAUGGCGUCUGUAAUUGGUAUCAGAGGCAAGAAACGGAAGAAGUUCAAAGACAACGUCCUUGGGUUUGAGACUGAUUUUCUGAGAAAUUUCGCCGCUGCCAAGAAAAUAAUGCUACAGCACCAGGACUCCGAUGAUGACCUCCGCGACGCUUUCCAUUUAUAA